AUAUCACUCCAGAAGACCACUGAAAUUCACACUUCAACUGAAGACAAUAACAGAAGACUUCAUCUCUUAAUAUACCAAAGACACACAGCAACUCCAGAGACAUGGAAUCUGAGACAAUCGAGGUGGCAGCGCUAGGAAGACCUCUGUUUCCUGGAAUGCUUUACGACUGCCGCAAGGAUUCCUUCAUUCCAGGUGUUACUCUGUGGGAUAAAAAAUCGUUGUAUGAAGAUUUGGACACUCAUACGCAGCUCCAAACUGAUUUGAAGUUUAGUAGCUCUGACUCUCUCUCUGAUAAGUCCAGUCUCCUGGAUGUAAGUGCUUCUCUGAAGGCCAGUUUCUUGGGGGGGCUGGUGAAGGUUGGGGGAUCUGCCAAGUACCUGCAUGAUACCAAAUCCUCAAACCAGCAGUCAAGAGUAAUAAUGCAUUACAGUGAAACCUCAAGAUUCGAUCAGCUCACUAUGACCCAGCUGGGCAAGAUCACCUACCCUCAGGUGUUUGAGCAGAAAACUGCAACUCAUGUGGUCACAGCUGUACUGUACGGAGCUCAGGCUGUUAUGGUGUUUGAUCGGACAUUUUCAAAAGAUGAGAACAAACAAGAGAUUGACGGAAAUCUGAAUGUCAUGGUCAAGAAGAUACCUUCAUUUUCCAUUGAGGGGCAAGGAGCUGUAACAUUGGGAGAGGAUGAGAAAAAGAUUGCUGAGAAUAUCAGCUGCACAUUUUAUGGAGACUACCAACUUCAGCAGAACCCCACCACGUACAUGGAGGCAUUGCAGGUGUACAAGCAGCUCCCCACUCUGCUAAAGGACAAUCCACAGAAUGUGGUUCCAGUAAAGGUCUGGCUCUAUCCUCUUCAUCUACUGGAUACAAAAGCAGCUCAGUUGGUCAGAGAAAUUAACACAAGUCUGAUAAUCAACACUGAAGAAAUAAUAGAGGAGCUGGUAGAGGUAGAGAGAAGAUGCAACGACCUGUUCAGAAAUACAUUGGUAAAUGUUUUCAGUGACAUCGAAGAGAGACUGCUCUCAUAUCAGAAUUCAUUAAGUAAAUACAAGCUGGUCCUCCAGAAAGCACUGCGCAGGGUCCUGCCUGCUAUUCGAGGAGGUGGGAUGGAGCAGCAGUCAUUGGAAGACAUUCUGAAUAUCCACAACAUCCCUUUUAAUGCUAGCAUGCUAAACCAGUGGUUAGAUGAUGCAAAGUCUGAACUUCACCACUUGACUUCUUGCACAAAAAUGCUUGAUAGAAAACAGUUCCAGCCUGUGUCCAAACCACCCCCACCAAUAGUAGAGAACAUCUUGGACAAAGUGACCCUCAAACUGCAGAAGUCCCCAACUGCAGACACAAUGCAUUACAAAGUUGAGUACAAAGCUGAUGGUGAGGAAAUAUGGCGUAUCGAAGACACACUUGAUGAAAUCUGUAUUCUAAAGGGACUGGAACUUGGAAAGCCUCAUUUGUUUCGCUACAGGGUAGUGAGUAAAUUGGGAAUAAUUGAAGCCAGCGACAGUGUGCGUAUUAUGAACACUACACAUGUGAUUGUGGGUGGGCAAGGAGGUCGUCCUUUUUCCAUCUUUACCACUCCCAUUGGCAUGACCUUAAGGAAGAUCACGGUUUCUCUCAACCCAAACACAAUAUGCUCAAUUGCGGUGACUCUCUCAGAUGGCCAGGAAAAGACAUUUGGCACAGUACAAAAAGGGAACGUUAAAGAAUUGCUAUUUGAUGAGAAUGAUAAAAUCCUUGAUGCAGUACUGUGGCCAAAUGGCAAUAACGACCGACUUGGGGGUUUUGAACUGAUUGUUGUGAAGAUGAACGGAACCACAACUUUCUCUGCCUUGUGUGAUUCCCUGGGUAAUCCUCAGAAGAUUGAUGUGAAUUCAUAGAAAUGUUACGGCAUGGUAGGGAGAAGUGGAGCUGAAAUUGAUGCUCUGGGAUUCUACUUCAUUUAGAUGUCUCCAGCAAACAGAAGAGCCAAAUAAAAAAAUAAGCCAUUACUUCUUCAGACAUCUCCUAUACUAUCCAAUCAUAUAUCCUAUACUCUAAACAUGCAUGUUCUGAAGUGAAUAUAUAAAUGAAGUAUGAGUAAAUGUAUCUGAUACUUUAAUCUGUUUUCUCAUAUCAGACUUUCCUAAUGUUUUUGAUAUUAAGGUCAAUUAAACAAAAAUAAAUAAAUAAUAAAUAAAUGACAAGUUAAAAUGAUCAAAUCUAUGGGUAAAUCAAUAAUGA